UUUGACUUUUAAUGGUUCGAUUAUUAUUUGCAUCUUUUGGCUUUGGCUAUCAGAGGAUAUCAUUUCGUUCAACGGGGUGUACAAAGUGCUGUUGGAAAGGCAGACAAAGCUUGUUAUAUAAUUUGAUGCCUUUGAGGCUGGCUAUGGGAGGAAGAGGCGUUACGGAGGUCGAAGGAACGAACUGUUCGAAGAAGAUAGAACAGAAGCGUCCACUGACGGAAGCUUUUAACAAACCAGAAAAGUUUUUUUCCGCAAAAAAGUUUAUUGAUUUGGAAGCAAGAGAGGAAGAAUUAUUUCGUUUAUUACUUGAUGCUGUGAACGUCCUGGAAACAGGUACCACUCUUCGUGUAGCGGGAGGUUGGGUUAGAGAUAAACUCUUGAAAAUUAACAAGGAGGAUCCGGACAUCGACCUAGCUCUAGAUAAUAUGAUGGGUCGAGAGUUUGCGAAUAAGUUACAGUUCUAUUUGAAAUCCCGAAAUAUCACUUGUGGUCACAUUGCAAUUAUUCAACAGAAUCCAGAGCAGUCCAAACAUCUGGAGACUGCCAGAGUGAAAGUCAACGGCAUUUAUUUAGACCUUGUCAACCUAAGGAAGGAAAGCUAUGCUCACCAUAGUCGAAUUCCCGAGAUCCAGAUAGGGACGCCAUAUGAAGAUGCUGUUCGACGUGACUUGACUAUAAACUCACUGUUUUAUAAUCUAAACGAAGACAUUAUAGAGGACUUUAGUGGAAAGGGCUUCGACGACUUGAAAAAUAGAAUAAUUCGAACCCCGAUGGAACCUAAAGAAACACUUUUAGAUGAUCCUUUGAGAGCUCUUAGAGUCAUACGAUUCGCUACUCGGUUUGACUUUGAUAUGGAUCCUGCCCUGUAUAAUUGUUGUAAGUCUCGUGAAGUACAUGUGGCACUUGGAGAGAAAGUUAGUCGAGAAAGAGUUGGAAGUGAAAUAGAUUAUAUGCUUAAGACAGCUAGUUAUGUUCGUGGAAUUGGAAUUCUUUAUGAAACUGGGCUUUAUAAGGCAGUUUUUAUUCAUCCACGAGUAAUUGAUUCAUCCUAUAGUCUAGAGGAUUCAUUUUAUCAAUCAUUGCUGUCAAUCUCCAAGUUAAACUGGAUACGACAGAGAAAGAUCCUUAGUUAUCACAGUGCUAUCGAAGAACACACAAUCCUUGAAGAACUUGGAGUAUUUUCUGUUGCUUUUCAUUUUUAUGAAACGUUUGACGAUAGAAACAAAGUCAAUUUGGCACAAUAUAUUCUUCGACAUUGUCUGAAGAGACGUGUUAGAGAAUGUGACUCAAUAAUGACAGUCCUUGAAGGCUCCACUGAAUUGAUGGCCCACUUAAUCAACGAUGUUCCUUCAAGUGAUAUGAGUCGAGGUGUUGACGGAGAGCCAUUAAGACUGACUAUUGGCCGAAUUUUAAAAAGGACUGGUAGUCUAUGGAAUAUAGCAUUCAAAGUUGCUUGUUGUAGAAUAUUGAAAGGUGACCUCCAAUGGGAUACGUUUUCACAUGGGAGAGCGAAUGACAUAUUUCGAGAGAGCCGAGAAGAUUCGAAUACAUUUCUCUCUAGAAUAAGAAGUUGGGAAUCUUUCAUUAUUCAACUUGGAAUAGAAGAUAUUCACAAAUGGAAACCACUUUUUAAUGGCAACGAAGUUUUAUCUUUGCUGCCAAAGCUUCCACGAGGUCCAAAGAUGAAGCAAAUUCUCGAUGCACAAAUUGAAUGGAUGUUGAUGAACCCCAAAGGAACAAAGGAAGACUGUCGGAAAUGGUUACUUGAUGAGUACCAAGUAUACUGUGAUCCUUCUAUGUAAGCAAAAUAACUUUCCUCUCAUUCAGAAUAACAUAUUUCUCGAAGAAAAUUGUAUUGUACGGACUUAUGUAGUUUAUAAAUUUAGAGAACAAUAAAGGAGAGGAAGUUUCU